UUGAUGUGGUCCUGACUUAGGGCUCAGGGCAGACUGGAGACUUCAGGACAACCUAGUACACAAGAAUCCCAAUUUACCACCAGGUGGCAAUAGCUCCACUCCUCUCUUGUGGCUCCGCCCAGGCUCACCUUCCUUCCUUGAAAUUCCUGAUGCAGGCAGAGGAUGAGGACAAGCUGAGCAGCAUCCUGAGAGGCUCCUCUUCCCCUGCAUCUGACAGCAGAAGGAAGAACCUCUGGAGAUGGCGUCCAAUAGUGACCCUGUUACAGUCCCAAUGAUAGAAAGCAAUCCGAGUGACCUUCCUGGAAUGGACACCAGUGACCAGAACACAUUGACUGGAGAGGCUGUGUUGAGUUUCCAUAACAUCAGCUAUCGGGAAACAGUUCAGAGUGGCUUUGCAUUUUGUAAAAAAACAUGUGUCAUAGAAAGACUAUCAAAUAUGAAUGGGAUCAUGAAACCUGGCCUCAAUGCCAUCAUGGGACCUCAAGAUGGGAGCAGAUCUUUGUUAUUAGAUGUCUUAGCUGCAAGGAAAAGUCCACGUGGAUUAUCGGGAGAUAUUUUGAUAAAUGGAAAACCUAGACCUGCUAAUUUCACAUGUACUUCUGGUUAUGUGCCACAAAAUGACGUGGUGAUGCGCAUGGUGACUGUGAGAGACAACAUAGAGUUCUCAGCAGCUCUUCGACUGCCAAUGACUAUGACAAGAGAUGAAAAAAGAAGGCGGAUUAAUGAGGUCCUUGAACUUUUGUGUCUGAAUAAAGUAGCAAAUGUCAAGCCUAGGUCUAAAGAGCUUGAGAAAAAGACAAGUUUAGCAAUGGAGCUGGUUGCUGAGCAUCCCAUUUUGUUCUUGGAUGACCCCACUACUGACUUAGACUUGAGCACUAUUACUGAUGUCAUCUCCGUCCUGAGAAGCCUUAUCAGCAGAAAGGGAGAAAUUAUAUUAGAAUUGCCUUAUGCCGAUAUUGUGAAAAUUUAA